AUGUUUAUAUUGUUUUGCUUAUUACAUUUAUAAUAAGUAGAAUCGAAAGUGAUUUAUUUUUUGCCUCAUUCUCAUGAUGAUGUUGGUUGGUUGGAUACAGUAUGGAACAUCUAUGAAUUUGGACCAGGAGUGAAAAAUAUUAUAUCAUCAUAUUCAACUGCUUUAUUAAAGGAUUCAGGAAGAAGAUUUGUGCAGGUUGAAACGAUAUAUUUUAAAAAAUGGUACGAAGAAUAAGAUAUUGAUAUUAAAUAAAAGAUUAAGCAAUUGAUCAUUAAUGGAUAAUUAGAGUUUGCAGCUGGAGGUUGGUCGAUGAAUGAUGAAGCCACAACUUAUUAUGAAGAUAUAAUCGACUCAUUCACUGGAGGUCAUACAUACUUAUAUGAACAAUUUCGAAUAAUUCCAAGAGUAGGUUGGUAAAUUGAUCCUUUUGGACAUUCAUCAACUUUUGCUUACAUUUCCUAUAUGAUGGGAAUGGAUGGAUAAUAUUUUGCUAGGAUUGAUUAGAUAGAUAAAUCAGAGAGAUUAAAGAAUAAAACCUUGGAAUUUAUAUGGAAUCCAAAACCAGGAAUUGAAUUAUUCUGCCAUAUCAAUUAUAGACAUUAUUCUAGUCCUCCAGGGUUUGAUUUUGAUCCGUUGAGAUCUUCACCUGAAAUAUAAUCAAAUCAAAUCAAUUAAAAAGCAAAUUAAUUACUAGAAUAUUUUGGAUAGUAAGCUGCUUUUUAUUAAGGUGAAACGAUAGUACAUACUUUAGGGGAUGACAAUGAAUGGUCAUCUGCAGAAAGCUAUUUCAAAAAUAUUGAAAAGGUCAUUGAUAAUAUCAAUAAGAGGAAUAGUACAGCAUAAAUUCAAUUUUCAACACCCCAUUAGUAUUUAAAAAGAUUAAAUCAAUAACAAUUAUCAUAUUCUGUUAAAUUUGAUGAUUUCUUUCCCUACUCAGAUAAUUAUCAAUCCUACUGGACUGGUUAUUAUACUUCCAGAAUUAGUUUUAAAGGGUAUGUUAGAUAACUAAGUAAGGAAUUCCAACAAAUAAAAACUUUCUUAUCCAAAUAAAUUUCAUAUAAUAACAUUAAGGAUGAGGAUGAAUUAUUGUAACUAUUAUAGAAUCAUAAUUAAAAUAUGGGUAUUGUAUAACACCAUGAUGCAAUUACUGGAACUGCAAAAUAAUUUGUUAAUGAUGAUUACAUAAAAUUAUUACAAUAAUCAUCAGCCCUUUUGGAUUAAUACAUGAGAAAACAUGUCUCAAUUUUAGCUGAAUAAGUAUUAGAUUAUAAGAAUUAUGAAUUUCACACAUGUUAUUACAAUAAAACUAUAUCUGAAUGUAAAUAAUUAGAUGUGUGGUUAAAUUCAAACAAAACAGUACUCUUAGCCUUACUGAUGAAUCAAAAUAAGAUCAUUAAAUUACCAGUUCCAAAUCUUCAUUAUACAGUCUUAGAUGAAAACAAUGUAUCUCUCAAUUGCACUUUAUUAUGUGAUAAUCAAGAUUGUGUAUUAUACUUCAUUGUUGAUGAAGACAAUAUCGAAGAAACUCAAUUUUACAAAAUAAUACCAUCAAAUGACAAGCAUCCUGCUAAUACAAAAAGAAUUGAAAUUACUCUCAAUGAUGAUAGUGAUCUAUCUACAAUCCUAAAUCCUUAAACAAUAACUACCAACUCUUUUAAAUUAAAAUAUGCUUAUUAUAAAUCUUCUUCUGAAUAUAGAUAGCCAAGUGGAGCCUAUAUUUUUAGACCUGAUGGAUAACUUAAUCCUUAUGGUAGCAUUACACACUCUUCAAUACAUUAUAAUGACAUUGUAACUGAGUUAAUUAUUAAGAGAAGCGAUGUAGUAACUAAAAUUAGAAAAUAUCAACAUUUAAAAGAUGAAUACGAAAUAGAGACGUUUCUAAAUUCAGUUGAUUUCAUCGAUAGAUCAGGUAAGGAAGUAGUAAUGUUAAUCGACACUGGAAUAUAAAACAAUGAUAUAUUUUAUACCGAUAGCAAUGGGUUGGAUUUACAAAAGAGAGUUAAGAACUUUAGAGAGACUUUUAACUUAAUCAGUACUGAACCUGUUUCACAAAACUACUAUCCAGUAACAAAUAUGAUAUUGCUAAAUUAAACUAAUGGUUAAUCUGUUGCAGUUAUUAAUGAUAGAUCUUAAGGUGGCACAAGUUUAAACCAAGGGCAAAUUGAAUUAAUGAUUUAGAGAAGAAUCGGAACUGAUGAUAGAAGGGGAGUUGGUGAAGCUUUAAAGGAAGAUAUUGAGGAUCCAAAAUGCUAACAAACUAAUUCAUGCAAAUAAAAAAAAGGAAUCUCUUAAACUUUACUUCACCAACUCAUCUUUUUUGAUAAUACCUAAGAUCCAAACUAAGCCAGAAGAAUCUAAUUAAGAGAAGAUAUGAUAGGUCUCAAAUAUUUCGCAGAAGAUUUCUCUUCUAAAUUCAAUAUCUAAAAAAAUAAAGUCAUUCCAGAAAGUUAUCUUGAUGAGAUUGUAGUUUUAGAUGAAGAUUCAAUAUCUAAAGUAAGGAUUGAACCUAAGUCACAAUACUUCAUUGUGAGAAUACAUAAUUUGUAAGAAGUAGGUGACAUCGAUUUCGAAUUCCCUAAAAGUGUCCAAUAUUAUUAAACUACCAUGAAUGGAUUGAUGACAAUUGAAGAAUGGUAAUCUUCUAAAUUAAACUGGUAUAAACUCAAUAAAACAAAAAGUUAAACUUAAGUAAACUAAUUCUAAGUUCAACCCCAAUUCAUAUCAACAUUUAUUAUCUUAAGGUGA